AUCCAAAAAUUAUCUCUAAGAGGUUUCAUUGGAAUAAAUGAUAUGUCAUUAAAAGACAUGGAAAACUUAGGUUUGUCAUUAUUAGAUGUAACAGGAACUGUUGUGAGCAAAGAAGGUAUAGAACAGUUUUUAAGAUUAAAUCCCGAUUGUAGGAUUAUCCACGAAAUUAUGUGUACAUGUAAACCAAAAAUUCAUUUUUAAUUUUAUAUUUAUAUAUUAAUUUCUAAUAAAGGAUCCAAUUUUCUGUUACUUUAAUAAAAAUCACGUUCUUCUCGUUGAGGCGAAGUCUUUAACACAAUUUACCUAAAGUGAUGGACGUAAAGAAUUCGCGCUCACCAUUCUAACGAAGUUAUUUCAAUAAUCAACAAGUCCUCCUUAAAACCUGUGACAUCCUUCAGGACUUUUAGUACCAUAAGUGGCGGGGUUCGUUCGUGGAAUUCUUAAACAGUUAAUAUUCCAAUAGAGAAUCAUCUGUGACGUCACAAAACGUUGAGGGAUAAAAGCGGGAUGCGAACCCAAGAAGAUGCAGUAUCUAUCGAAACAUGUUCAGAUACAAGUCUAUGAUGGGAUUGAAAAAUGGAUUCGCCGGCGUUUUCCUUUUGGUUGUUACCCUAUACGUUUUGUCUAUUCAGAAAAGUUACACAGUCGCGAAUCCUUCAGGAAAUAAUAUUGAAAGUAACCGAUUGCCUAGACCCAAACCUUUUGUUCGAUUAACCCCGAAGAAUGUAUAUUCGAGAUUGAAGCCUGAUCUAACGGAUUUCAUCGUGGACGAUGAUGAAUUCACGGAAAUGUUAAAACGCCAAACAGCCGAUGAUUACGGUCAUUUAAGAUUUGGAAAAAGAGAAUUUGACGAUUACGGCCACAUGAGAUUUGGAAGAAGAAAUUCAGAUUCUUAAACAAGAAAUUAAAUAAUGUAGUGAAUAGAAAAUAAUUAAAUAAAGUUAAUAGCUUAGUACUCGCUUUGUUUUCAAUAAUUCAUAAACCAUAUAAUCCCAA